AGUCCCAUCUCGUUCUCGCCGCAUACCUCCCUCUCCAAAAAGUUGCCUCAGCUUGUCCCUUGUACCCCCACUCAUACUCCUUCACCAUGGCCAUGAAGCGCAAGUUUGAUCUCGACUCCGAGGAUGUUGCUCCCCAGGUCUCGAAGCAGCAAAAAAUGAUUCCCUUCCCUGCUUACGAGCCUGACUACGAUGUCGCCAUGUCUGACUCUUCUUCUGACGCGGACAUGUAUACUCUUGCCGACAACCACCACAUUCGUCUCUCGUCUUCGGCUAGCACUACGAGCGUGUCCUCAGCUUCGUCCGACGGCAUUGACUUCGCGUCGCCUUUGUUCCCCCGGUAUAACGCUGGCAAUGCCUCUCAGAGCGGCUAUGAUUCCUUGACCGUUGGCCUGCUCCAGCCUGUCAGCUCCUUCACUCAUCACGGGACCAGCUGCAAUCAAAUACCCAAACUUCGUGUCGCUUGCUCAGCCGGUCUCGACGGUACCCGGACAAUGUGGAGCUUCUGCGAACAAUGCGGCGCUAUAUCUCAGGUCGACUCCGAGUAGACUGGUAACCCGACUCAAACCUCCGUCCGCGAACGAGCUGGCUUUCUUAUUCCUCUUUAUUGCGCUAAUUUUAAAGCCUCUAACACAACAGCAAAAAAAUUGGGCCUCGAUAUAACUCACUGACUGCUCGAUAUUGGCACUUUGCGAUGGCCGACCUCUUACAUUCCCCCUUCCUGUGACACCAUCGACCUCACUGCCCUCUUAUCCUCUUGCUUUCUUACUGCUAUCGUCACCACCGUUCCAUCCGACAUCGCCUCACAUCGACCAUCGCAUUGUAACACCACGAACUCUCUUACCUUACUGCCGCUGCGACACACUCGAUUUCUCCGUCUCGUAGAUAUUCAUUUGAUCAUGUACUAUAUACCUUCGGGUUCGCUGCUAUAUAUUGUGCCAAGAAGCC